UUCUUGUUCGCGGUCGCCGUCGAAAGUUCCGUCGCAGUUCGUGCGUUUCGCGUUCCGUGGUGAGGUGGAGGAAGAAAAGAAAAAACGCCUGCGUUUUUUGCUGGUGAAAAUUUUCUCCUCGUUUUAUCGACUCGCGUGGCAAUUCGAAGGAAUUUCGGGAAAUUUUGCGGUUCUACGGAUGAAGUGAGGUGGAAUUGGUCCGUUUCGAAAGGAUUAGGUUUUUAAGUUGAAAGUUCUCGAAAGUGUGCAGAAAAUUCUUCACUCCUUUUUUUUGCUUUGUGUGUGCGCGACGAAAAAACGUGAGACAAUCCUCGUCUGAGGGGCCAAGUUGGUGACUCAGCACGGCCAGUUCCGUCGAAUUCGAAGAAGAAGCAAGAGAGCUUGUGUUAGAGAAAGCAGCUUCGGAAGAUCCGGGAUCGAGCCCCCGUCGUCGUCCCCCGUACAAUGGUCAACGUGAAGGGGAGCUCCUCUGGUGUCUCCUCCUCAGCAUCUUCUCCCUCCCCUGUUCCGGCCACCACGGAGGCCAAUUCGUCGGUGGAACCGUACCCCCAUGUGCACUAUCUGCCCGAGCUUCCGGCAGUGGACGAGGAGCGGCUGGAGAAGAUCUUCAACAAGCUCGACCGUGAUGGCAACGGCCGCAUCGACAUCCACGACCUUUCGGAGGCCCUGCGGGAGUUUGGCCUGUCGCACCAGUACGCGGAGGAACAUUCGCUGUUCUUUCAGAGGUUCCUGAAGCAGUCGGACCAGACGCAGAGCGGCGAUGUCGGGCUGGCCGAGUUCAUCCACUACGUGCGCGAGCACGAGAAGAACCUGCGGCUGCAGUUCACCCACCUGGACAAGAACCGGGACGGCAAGGUGGACCUGGAGGAGAUGAUCGAGGCGUUCAAGGAGCUCGGCAUCGACAUGGACCGGGUCGAGGCGGCCAAGCUACUUAAGAGGAUGGACAAGGACGGCAGCUUGAACAUUAGUUACGACGAGUGGCGAGACUUUCUGCUGCUGGCACCGUCCGCGGACAUUCACGAGCUCGUCAAGUACUGGAGGCAUUCAACCAAUCUAAGAUACAAUCAAGCGUAUCUGGCGAUGAUUGGCCGGGAAGUGCCCCCAAAAUCCCUGUCUCCCAUUGAACCUCCAUCAAGUCAAACAUUCCCUCCAACAACUAACAUCGAAAGUGCCCCCACGGUGGUCAGUCAAACCACAACCCCGACUAACACCACCGCCGCCCUCAAGACUCGAACCACGACCAUCAACGAACCACUUCUGGGCCCACUCGUUGAAACAAACGACGACCUAGACCUGGACUCCCAGGAACUGUCCCUGCUCAGUCUGUUCGAUCUCGAGCAAGCGAUCGAGCACGUUACCGAGCUGAUCUUGAACCCGAGUCUUUUUGGUGGCGGCGGGGACUCGGGAUCUUCCGCUUCCUCCAUUGCGGCCGGGGUGCACCAGCACAGGGGGCACCACCACAACACACAUCUGCUGGUGGAUGGUAAGUACCUGGACAUCGGUGAGGAUCUGAACGUACCUGAUGACUUUACCCAGAGCGAGAUGCAGAGCGGCAUGUGGUGGCGCCAUCUGGCGGCCGGUGGCUUUGCCGGCGCCGUGUCCCGCACCUGCACCGCCCCCCUCGAUCGGCUCAAAGUGUUCCUGCAGGUUCAAGCCAGCAAACAGCGAAUCUCAGACUGCCUGCAGUACAUGCUGAAGGAGGGCGGCGUGCGGAGCCUCUGGCGCGGCAACUUUAUCAACGUGCUCAAGAUUGCGCCCGAGUCCGCUAUCAAGUUCGCCGCGUACGAACAGGUCAAGCGACUUAUCCGGGGCUCGGACAAGCGCCAGCUCACGAUCUACGAGCGGUUCGUGGCGGGCGCGUGCGCCGGCGGCGUCUCCCAGACCGCCAUCUACCCCCUAGAAGUAUUAAAAACCCGACUAGCGUUAAGGAAAACCGGACAAUACAGUAGUAUACUGGACGCGGCGACCAAGAUCUACCACCGCGAGGGUCUCCGCUCGUUCUACCGUGGCUACAUUCCAAACAUGCUCGGCAUCAUACCGUACGCCGGUAUCGACCUGGCCGUGUACGAAACGCUGAAGAAGAAGUACCUCAGCCACCACGAGACGGAACAGCCGAGCUUCUGGCUGCUGCUGGCGUGCGGUAGCGCCUCCAGCACCCUUGGGCAGGUGUGCUCGUACCCGUUGGCGCUGGUGCGGACGCGGCUGCAGGCACAAGCGGUCACCAUCGGCCCCCAGGCGGACGGUUCCGUCGCCAUCCAGCCGAACAUGACGAACGUGUUCAAGCGGAUACUGCAAACGGAGGGCCCGCUCGGACUCUACCGGGGCAUCACGCCCAACUUUAUCAAGGUGCUGCCGGCGGUCUCGAUCAGCUACGUCGUGUACGAGUACUCGAGCCGCGCCCUGGGCGUCAACAUGACGUGAUUUGCUGGCGCUCGCACAAACCCGUCGACGAAACCAGCAAAACCCAGUUCUCAAAAGCAGCAGCAGGCCACCGGUCAUCCUUUCGAGCGAGAGCAGCAGCAUACUAUUUAUUCACAAACAACGCUUCUUCUUCUUCGUCUUCUUCCCGAUCGGGGAUGGGGAUUUCGGGCAGGCAGGCACUUACAGGAACCCGUCACCAGGGGGGGAGGGAGGCAAGUUGGUGGCCGCCUCGAACGGGGGAUGAUGACCGCGGGUUCUCGCGCCGUGCCGGAACGAGCUUUUUUCCGUUUUUACCCCUCCUUACUAAUAUUACUUCCUUGUUAGGUUUAUUUUUUGUAAUUCUCUAAUGUACAUAUCGCACUUUAACUUAUUUCCCGUUCCGUGCUUUAGUUUUUAAUAGUAGCAACAAAUUGAAAAAAAUACAAUCUUUUUUUAUAGCAAAUGAAACUAAAAAAAAAAUGAGCAGAGUUUUUUCUUCCUCCUUUUAUUGGCUCGUCGUCCCGAAAUCUUAACUCUGAGACAUCCUUUCGCGAUUCCAUUGAUCUUAAAAAAACAAAACGUUCACGUCUCUCUAAAUGUAAAGAUAAUCGUUAAAAUUGAACAAUAGCCGAGAAAAAAAAUACAGUACAGCAACGCUAGUUAGACGAUAGUAAAAUGAAACAGACACACACACAACCCCAAGCAAAGUUUUUUUUUAGUUAAAACUAUUUAUUUUUACCUUUAAACGUGUGUGCGUGAUGUAAAGAAAGCAGUGGAAAGUUUGCGCGCGCGUUAGAUGUAUUAGCAAAUUUUCUAAUUUUUCCCCCGCCCCAACACAGACAGAAACGCGGCAACAGGUGGCAUUCGUGUAGGCUUUCGGUCUGCAUUUAUCGGCAUGAUGUUCGGCGGUAGGGCAGGUUCCUUCCGUGUCCAGGAGUGAAAGUGUGUUAGACUGAACCAAACUUGGGUUGAAUCGUGAAAAGAAGGCAAGGAAACGAAAAGUACUGAAACGCGGUGUUAGGAUUAACCUUUUUUGAAGGUGUGUGAAAUAGAAAAAAAAAACACAAGAAGUGAUUAAUUUGGUUCUGUAAACGGCACAAAAUGAAGUGGCAGAUUAGGGAUGGGAAAUGCCUCCUGUUGAGUUAUGAAAAAAACUAAACUACAAACACUUACAAACACACACGAGCGAAGAUCUAUGAGAGUGGACAGAGGAAAUGAAAUAAAAAUAAAAAUCAUUACCAGAUAUAGGAAACGAAUUCAAGUGAUGAAAAAUACUACAAGUUAGAAGAAAAAUACUGCAAAAACUCAUGAAAUAUAAUUGAUUAUUCGCAAAACA